AUGUCUGCUCUCCUUUCUACGUCAUCUCUCCGCGUCUGCGGAAUUCCCACAUGUAUGUAAACAUCUCACGUUUUCACGAUAAAAAUCCACUGAAAUGGCACCGACAGGUCACAAAACGACGAGUAAAACCUUUACGGCGAAAGGUGGCAACAAGAAGACGUUGAGAAAUAGCGCACAGGAUGUCAAGAAGAAGAGGAAGUGGACUCCAGAGCACAAGAUAUUCGACGGCAGUGUUCAAGAAGGUCAAGGCUUUGCUUUCAAGCGGAAGGAGAAAGCCAGACAUGAGUACAACAGGCUGCUGCGGAAGGAGAGGAGGAGGAACACCGAGUCCACACUGCAGUAUAAGGAUGAGUAUCCAGAACAUCUUAGGCAUCUUUACCUGGCUGAGGCUGAGAAACUGAAACAGGAGGCGUGGACCAACAGAGUGAACAGGACAAAGCUGAGAGUAAAAGGACGGGAGGAAGAAAAAGAAACGACUGAAGAUGAUAGUGCUGCUGAUGCGGCACAACAUCCCGAAGAUGCUGGUCAAGAUCCAGAAGUUACAGGUGCAUCUGAGCCAAGUGGUUCUGUGACUGGGACUUCAGACCUGACUGCAGCACCAGAGAAGGAAGUUCUUCCAAUGAGCAACCGCAUGAAGAAGAAAUUGCAGAAGAAGACGUCCUACCAGAAGACUAAAGAGGAAUUUGAGAGCGUGAAAGAAAAACAGAGGAAAAAGAAAGAGGAGUAUUUGAAGAACAAGCAGCAGAGAGAAGAAGCCGUUCAGAAGUACAAGGAGAAAAAGAUGGAGACGUUUCAGAUGUUGAAGAAAAAGACCAAGAAAGGACAGCCCAAUCUGAACCUCCAGAUGGACUAUUUGCUUCAGAAGAUCCAAGGGAAUCCGAAAUGACUGAACAGGACCGUGGACGUUGCCUCUAUUUGACUGUGUCAUUAAAACUAGUAGAGGUGCAUCAGGAUUCACCUUUACACUGGUGCACAAUUUAUAAUCUGAGAUUGAUUUAUCUCUGCAUCUGUGGGUGUUUUUAUUUGGUCUCAAACCACAAGAGGGUGCUGUGAAAUAUGAAGAAACUGUUAAACAUCCACACUUGACACACAAAGUUAGGAGCCAACGUGUGUAUGUAAAGAUAUGUUUGGAGUAAUGGUGUCAAUUGAUGGCGGACCCUACUCAGGUCUGUGUUUGGUCUGCAGGAGGGAACGUGUCCCAAAAGGAGUGGUAAAAACACACACACUGAAACUCUGACACUGACCAACGUCGAUUGAUCCAUUUUAUCAGUUUGUAACAAAGCGAGAUAGAUUGUUUCUGCUGGCUGUCAUGGAGACUGAGUAACGUUUUCUCAUGUGUGUUUCUGGUUGUGUUAAGCCAUGUCCACUUUCAAAUGCAGACCAUUUUCUAACAACCUAUUGAGUUUUAAUGUAAUUGACAAACUAUAUCAGAUGGUUUUUUUUGCAACAGGUAUCAGUUGUUGUUGUUUUUUUUGCUUUUAUUCACAAGUAUUCUCCCCUAAUUAUUGGAUUCCUUUUUAGUAUGUGAAUAAUUAUGUGAAAUAAAACAACAUUACACAUGAAGACACAUUAA